AUGAAGUCCUAUUCAAAAUCAAAAAGUCAUGAAAGUCGAUACACAUCUGGUAAUGUGGGUGACAACAGCAGCAGUAUAUAUGAUCAAUCACCAUUUGAUAUUAAUCGAGAUUUUCGAACAAACGCUCCCGUUCAACAUUUAAAUACACAUUCUCCAUCUCAUUUACUUGAUAGAGAUACACGAGUAUCCGAGCGAGUUCAAAAUUCUAAUUUUACUACACAAUGGAUCAAAGAGCCUGUGAAAGAUUCUCUUGGCAAUAUAUUAUCAACAAAUGAAAAAUUUCGUAUUACCGUUAAUAUUGAAGGGUUUCGACAGGAUGAAGUUAAUAUCCGUAUUGAUGGCAAUAAACUAAUUGUAUCCGGUAAACAUAUGGAAAAUAAAGAUGAAAGUUCCGCAGAAAAACGCAUUGAAAAAUCAUAUGAAUUACCACGUGAUGUCGAUCCAUUCAGUCCACAUGUCAUGUUUCCAUCGUUAACAACAAUGCAAAUUGAUUUUCCGGCACGACAACAGCAUACACCAAGUAACAGUAGUGGUGGACAUUUGGCAAAUAUUGAUGAUUCAUUGCUGUAUCACCAUCAUCGUCAACCAAAAAUUACACAAGAAACACAUACAAGUGAAUAUUCAAGGACAAGAAAAAUUGGUGGUACAAGUGGAACAACAAGUUCACGUUAUAAAGACCGAAGCUUAAGUCCGAAAGCGUCUCAGAUCCACCGUGAACCAUUGGUCAAUAUCAAUACUGGAAACUAUGCUACAUCUAGUAGUAGCACUAGUCAUUAUCGUGCUGGUAGUGAUCAUGAUCCACCAUAUAGUGAUAGUUCAGCUCGCCAAAUUUCUGCGGAUUCAUUGUCAACCCAUGAUGAUUCAAAACUUCCGCAGAAUUUUUCGAAUAUAAGUUGGGCUGAUACGAGAAAAGAUGAUUACAGUCUAGCAUCGCCUUAUACAUCAUUAAUAUCACCAAGAAUUACGUCCAAUAUUCGCGAAAGAUCACGUAGUCCAUCUUACACAAGUAAUAUCUCAACACCGAAUUCAAAAAAAAAUGUUGAAACAUUUAGUGAAACAAGACGAGAACAGCACGUGCGACGAACAAGUCCUACAAGUGGCACAAAAGCAUCACAUGAAUUUGAACAUCAACAAUCAGGUAGUCCAUCAACACAAAAAUACUAUUCUAGUACGACACAAUCCACUCCAUCUACUGAUAAUGACAAUUAUUUGAGUAAUCGAUUCAAAACCGGUGUUAAUCUUGAUCGUUAUCCAGCCACUCCCACUUCAACACUCCAUUAUGAACCGUUAUCUCAUAGAAAUAAUGAUGGUCCAUCUCGUAAUGUUGAAGUUCGUGAAUAUUCUCGUCGUCUCGCAGGUAACGAACCAAUAUCAACAACACCAGGAUUAAUCAACAGUGAAGGAUUUAAUGCUGAUGCAUUUUAUAAAAGUGCAUUUCAACCAGAAAUCUACUAUGAUCAACAGGGACAACGAGGAAUUGAAAUGAAAUUAGAUGUGCAAAAUUUUGAACCAGAGGAAAUUAAAGUAACGAUGGACGGUCAAGAUUUAAUUGUUCAAGCUGAACACGACAGUCAACGAUCAUCAAAUCAUUCGUCUCGAUCUUAUAUCUAUAAACAAAUAACGUUACCACCGAAUGCUGAUAUAACAAGUUUGUCAUCUGAGUAUAAUGCUGAUAAAAAACUAUACAUAAGAGCAUUAUUGAAAGAUGAUAAAUCAAGUUUAGUAAAACACAAAUAA